GGUCGGAGUGCUAGCUAUAAAUCAAAUUACAUUAUUGACGUGAGGAUCUCUCCUACAGUCGAUCUCACACAUGAAUGAUACAAGUAUUAAGUAGUCAUAAAUAUAUGUAACUUAAUUGGUUAUCGUGACAAUGAAAGCUGUUUUGUAUGUUAUGGUGUUAAUCUUGGUUCACGGUUUGGCACUCGAUAAUGGAAACAAGAUAAUGAGGAUGAGCUAUGGCGCCGUCGUCGUGAAAGCUACGCCGGCAGAGGAGGAGGCGGUGAUGAUGAUAAGCCCAUCAUCGCACAAUGAGGAGGAGUACGAACAAUCAUCAAGAGCGCUACCGGGGACAUGGUACCAAUCUCCGCAGCCCUAUGGAUCCCAUCGUCAGGGUGGUGCGACGGCGCCACCACCUUCUUCUUACGUCAUGGCCGCCGCGUCAAAACUCUAUCAGCCAGGCCCGCCACGCCGCCGCCUUCUACUCUAGCUAGUUCAAUUCAUCUCCGCAUAUCAGCUUUUUUUCAAAGUUUUCGAGUUUGUUUGCUGCAUUUGAUAAUAAGCUAACUUAGCUGCUUCAAAUUUUAUAUGCAAUAUAUAUGUAGGUAUGCGUAGACUGUAGACUACUCCGAUCAGUAUUAUCUAUCAUGAUACUCUUUGAAAAAUGUUGUACCUCAACUCACAAUACAUCAUUUUUAUUUUCUACUACUCAUAGUGAAUUUUUUUUUUUUUUUUUUAGUCCCGG